AUGUUCCACGUGGACUGCUGCGACCAGUGGCUUGGCCGCAGCAAGCGGUGCCCGCUGUGCAUGCAGAACAUCGACGAGAUGGCCGAAGCGCCCGAGAAGUGGAGAGCCUCUGCAAGAAGCGCUGCAAGCCGCACGCCCACUGAUCCCGCGCACGCCCUCGCAGCACCUGCAGGGGACUCGGGCAGAAAGGGGUCUGGAGCUUCUCUUUCCGCCUCCGUCCUUCUUUGGAGAACCAGGAGCAUAGUCGAAAAAACGUCCACCGCUCCAGACCUCCGGGCCCCUCUCCAAAGGCCGCCCCUGGGCUCGGCUCGGGGUUGGGUCGGCGAGGGGGCGCCCGCGCAGCGCGCUUGA